AUGGGUCCGCCACCAGGUUUUAAAGAUCUUAGACAACAUGACAGUGUGUGCCUUCUAAAGAAAGCAUUGUAUGACCUUAAGCAGGCAACUAGAGCUUGGUUUGACAAGUUCAGUCCACAUUUUCUUCACCUUGGGUUUAAGCGCAGUAAGAUAGACUCAUCACUCUUUGUGAUGUACUGUAAAAGAGCCACAAUCCUGCUUCUUCUGUAUGUUGAUAUUAUUGUCACUAGGAGUCACAUUGCACUAAUUUCAAAAAUCAUUGGUGAACUAGGGAAGGAGUUUGCUAUGAAGGACCUUGGUUUUCUACAUUUCUUCUUAGGGAUCGAGUCCACCUACUUUACUGGAGGCAUCCAUCUGAAUCAAAGUAAGUAUGUUGUAGAAUUACUUACCAAGACUAGCAUGGCACUUGCUAAACCAAUAAGCACACCUCUAGCACAGAAGCAUGGUCUACAAAAAUUUAUGGAUGGUCCAGUGGAUGCUUCACUAUACAGGAGUAUUGUUAGCAGUCUACAGUAUUUAACUCUCACAAGGCCAGACAUAGCUCAUGCAGUAACUUUGUUACUAUUCAGGUUAUAUGGUUUAUCUGAUGCAGCCUGGGAAGGGUGUACUAUGACUAGUAGAUCAACUAUAGGCUACCAUAUCUACCUCGGAGCUAACUGCAUAUCUUGGAUAUCAAAGAAGCAACACACAGUUUCAAGGUCUAGUGCAGAAGCUGAGUAUAGAGCACUGGACUAG